AUGAUUUUAAAACUAAUAAGUACAUUAGUGUUGGUACUAGCUUCAGGUAUCGGUCAUACGAGUUCUACUCCUAUUGGGACAUCAGCAGCACCGUCAGAUGAUUGGGGAAACUUGUUUUUCGAAACCAUUAGUGCAGUACUCUCAGCGGAUCCUGCAACCUUCAUAAAUAAUGCUGCUGCUGACAUAACUAAGUUUGGAAUAGAGACAGCAAAAUCACUUACGCCAUCUGAUGAGUCAUUUCGACCAAAAGAGUUCUACACAGAGAGUGCAACUAAAUUAUCAGGAGGUUCAAAAGAGUGGUUGACUCAAGAUACUGCUGGGUUACGGACACCUACUAAUGAGAAAGUAAAGGUAGCCGUAAACGUACCUGGCCAGUUUUCAGCGUUUACUACGAAUGUAAAAUAUCCACUGACAACUGAUACUUUUAAAUCAUCGAUAUAUAAUAAAGAUUCGGUUAACUUGGCAGUGAAUACUCCUACUAAGCUGCCAGAAUUUAAAGCAGAAAUAAAUAAUCCGUUCACAUAUGCUGGAUUAUUGAGCCCAGCGAAUGAACAAGUAAGAUUAGCGACAAAUGCACCUGUUAGAUUACCAGGGCUUAGGACAGAUAUACAAUUUCAACCAACAACUGAUGCUGUUGGAGCAUCGCUGUAUACAAAUAAGCAAUCUUCAUUAGCUACAGAUGCACAAAGUAUGUUACAAUCAAAUGUUACUGGACCCGUGGAAUUAAAAACACAGGCACAGGAUGUAUCGGCAAAUAUGACUGCUGGGCGGAUAGGAUUCACGACAGAAAUUACAAAUCCGUCAACAAUUAAUGCUUCUAAAUCAUCGACAUCAAUCGAGAAAUCAGCGAAUUCAACAAUAAAUAAAUCUUCUGAACAGUCUUCAUUAGCUACAGAUGCACAAAGUAUGUUACAAUCAAAUGUUACUGGACCCGUGGAAUUAAAAACACAGGCACAGGAUGUAUCGGCAAAUAUGACUGCUGGGCGGAUAGGAUUCACGACAGAAAUUACAAAUCCGUCAACAAUUAAUGCUUCUAAAUCAUCGACAUCAAUCGAGAAAUCAGCGAAUUCAACAAUAAAUAAAUCUUCUGAACAGUCUUCAUUAGCUACAGAUGCACAAAGUAUGUUACAAUCAAAUGUUACUGGACCCGUGGAAUUAAAAACACAGGCACAGGAUGUAUCGGCAAAUAUGACUGCUGGGCGGAUAGGAUUCAACACCCGUUGA